UUUACUUCUAUGUUGGUGUAGCAAUUUUUCAUUGUAAAGAAAAAUAUACUUAUGCUUAUUGUACUUAAGUUAUUUUUACGUAUCAACACAUAUCUUGUGAUAAACUUUGAUUUUCAAGAAAAAUAUUGUUGGCCAACAAGUCGUUUUUUAAUAAAAUAAUCGUGUCUGGUUGCAAAUGCUCAAAUUUUUUUUUUCAGUAUCUCAAUUUUGUUCAGUGUGAUCAGUGGUAGGACCGUGAAGUUGGCCGCAGAAAAUAUUUUAAUUCAUUAUUUAUAAUUUUUUAUAAUCUAAUUCUGGUUUUUCGACUUAUUUACAUAUUUAUGUUAUGCUUAACUUUGAUUUCCGACAAAAAUAUUGACAAAAAAAAGCUUAAAUCGUGUUAUUUCUCAUUUUUUAUACACGGUAUGAUCAAUCUGACCAGUGUUUAGACCGUGAAGGCGGCCGCACAUGAGGUGUGAAUAUUGCUUUCCCACAAUUUUCUUUGAUUAAGCUGGCUCGCUGCCUGAGCCUGAUGCAAUAUAGACGAUCCUGCUUUUCUAAUAAUUUAAUUUUUAUACGUUUAUUUUUGAUAAAACUCAAAAUUUGAUAUUAUAAAAAGUGAAAAAUCAUGGAUCUUAAAUCAUACUUCACAACUGAUGAAGAAUUCAAAGAAUUGGAGGAUCGAGAUGCAACAACGAAUGUCACUGGCUACAUUGAUGCUAUAAUAGCUCCAUGCGAAGCAGGAAAAGAUGAUGAAUUGUUAUUUAAAUUUACAUUAUCAAACGAUUCUAAAAGAAUUGAGAUUCUUAUAUGGGGCUUUGCAUUAAUCAACAAACACUUGAAUGGCUUUAUUUCCAAUCGAGUCGUCGAAAUAAAUGGUGCUUAUUGCCGAGCUGUAGCACAAUCCAAAGCAAGAGAAAUCCAAAAUUUAGUUCCAUUUGAAAUUGUUGUUAAAGAAUAUACGGACAUAUCUUUUUUAGGCUACUAUAAGCUUAAACGUCCUGUUGGAAACGAGGUACAGCCAGUGACUUUUGAGGACAUACACAAAGUUCAAGGAUUGAUUGAAAUUUCAGGCUAUAUCAGAUCUAAAUUCUUCAUUACACACAAUCGAAAUGGCAAUAUGACCUAUGGCGUAGGUGCCAUAACAGAUAAAACAAGAAAAAUUACUGUUCAAAUAAAACAAUUUCUAGAAUCCAAACUUGAACUGGGAGAUUACGUUACGAUUAGAGGAUCAGUCACAGGCAAAGAUGAUCUUGUUACUAUUAUGUGUAAUAGUAUGAAUGAUAUUAAAUUAAAUGCUGAAAAAAAAUCAUUGCCACUACAAGAAGUUCGACGUGGAAACAGACCAGUGAAGCGUGCUCGCAUGGAACAAAAAAAAUCUUAAAUUUUUUGAUUUUACGAUAGUUAGACAUAGUUUUCAUUUUCAGACUUUCUCAUAGUAUUUUUACAAAGUUCUUCAGAGGUUGUUUCAAAGUUUUUUAUGAUGACUUAAACUACGUUACAAAGAUACACUCCUAAGUCAUGCAUGUUAAAAGAAUGAUAUGCAUGCAAAUGGUUGUAUGUUUAAAAGACUAUUUCUAAGAGUUGGACGUUUUAAAUUAUUUUAAUAUAAAUGUUAAAAAUAUUAGCAUACGCAGUAUUUUUGAGAAAAAAAUAGUACAAUUACUCUUAAAAGAGAGACAAACGACUAAUUAUUUAUAAAUAUAAUUAGAAAAUAUUAGCAUAUGCAGUAUUUUAAGGUUAUCAUAUCCAGUAUUUAUUGAAAAAAGAUUAUUCAAUUACUUGUUUAAGUGAGAAAAAUGACUAAUUAUUUAUAUAGAUACAAAAAUGUGAUGUGAUAAUACUUUGAUCUUUGAAAGUUUCUAAUAGCUUUAAAUAAAGUUGCGUUAAAAUAUGUAGUUUUGAGAGUACGAUUAAGUACUUUGAUAUUGAACAAUAGAUUCAAUAUAAUAGUUUAAUAACAAUGUUUAUGUACGUUAAUAUGUGGCUUUAAAAGUACGUAUUACUUUUAUUUUUGUAUAACAAUCUGUCAAGUUCAAUAAAUAUUUUCAAAAAAUAAAAACUU